AUGACAUUGUUCGAGUUUGUCGCCUCAUUGCAUGAGCCAGAAAUUUGCCGCUUUCUAGCCAGCCAGAACUUGCAACAGUGUCUUGGAGAAGAUCUCUGUAGACCCAUCAUUGGCGAAGGUCAAGUGAUCUCGUACACUCAUCCAUUGAGAGGCACAGAAUUUGAAAAAUGUUCACGCCUGUCGAACCUGGAUGAUGUCUUCCUCUCGAUGGGCAUUCCUGCCACCACACGGAUGCAGUGGCUUCGCUACUUGAGACUUGAGCGGUCGCAUUUCUUUUAUUACUAUCAGCGAAUACGAGCCUCCGAAGUUGACAAGAUGGAAAGAAACUCUCUACUCAAUGCAGCGUGGGACGCAGCAGUCGAUGCCUUCCGGGAUGAUGCGGUCCAUGGGCAUCUUUGGAUUCCAGACAGCCAAACCAUGGCUUCGUGGACCAGUAUUUUCUGUGCUCUUAUCAGCGAGGGCGUCGACAUUCACAGAUUGUGCAGCGCCGGCGGGCUUCCCCUUGAGGGCGAUGACUUUGCGUGGUGUACUUCGUUCUGUAUGAUGCUUUACUCUUCCAGAUGCCAGCGAGAGGUCGAGUAUACGAUAUCAUGCUGGCUUAGUGUGCAGAAGACAGCUGGGGUUGUUAUGGUGGAAUAUUUAAGAUGGGAGCCAGCUUAUUGUGAGGAUCGCUUUGGUUUUGAAUACCCAGGUCGUGCAAAUGACGCCUGGCCCCAGAUUCUGGGAUUAAAGAUCAUCUGCGGGUUCCAAGUUCCUAUUCAACGCCGUUGGGUUGAACCCGAUAGUCCAGCAAGCGAGGUUAGACAAGAGUUUAGGAACUUCGGCUCCUGGGAACGUCCUCCUGUGUUCAUUGCCCGUUGGUCGGAAGAAGCGGACAAAAAUAUCCGCCGUCAACAUAUUUCAUGGAAGAACUCCCCAAAUAGGCAGGUCUCCAGCGAAGAUGAUUGGCCAUACCAAGACUCAGUGGCAAGAGACUACGAUUUCGACGACAUAUUGAAGAGCCUGUAUUGGGUUGGAGACUGGGCAGAUCGUCGGACUUCGUUUGAUUAUGCAAAGAGAUUCGACCACGAGAGGUUCGAGAGAAGGCAAUCGAAGAAACUCUACAAGUCCGGGUAUCUCCAGAAGCAGAAACGACUCAGAAUUCCAGGGGCCUGGAAAGAGUCACGUUGGUAA